AUGAUAUGCCCUGAGGGUGCUCCACAUCAAAACGAUUCUAUAAAAAAAGAAGACGAGACCUUUCGGAAGAAAAAUCAAGUGCCGGCAGAUGGUCCUAGUAGCUUAGAAUUAAAUUCUCUAAAAAGUCCUAGGAAUUGGAAGAAAUCCAUAUCUAACUUCUUCCGUGGUCAACUUCGAUCAACUAAAUCGAAUGACGGUGAUCGACCUUCUGACAGAAAAGAAACAUUCCACGAUAAAGAACUAAGCCCGGAACAAAAAUGGCAGUCCCUAGGGAAAGUAUUCAGGCGGCAAAGCUUUGCAGAACAUUGGAACAAAACUUCAAAUUAUAACCAAGGUGAAAGUUCAUCGCAAAACAAACGGCUCGCUGUUAGAAAGGUUAUAUCGAGUUACUUUGGUAAAUCCCAAAAAAGUUUGUCUGUAACUAAUGAAAAAUAA